ACAUGUAUAAUAUAACACUCAUACUGUACAGUACUGUGAGGGUUCUAGUUCUCAUCAACAUGUAUAAUAUAAUCACUCAUACUGUACAGUACUGUGAGGGUUCUAGUUCUCAUCAACAUGUAUAAUAUAACACUCAUACUGUACAGUACUGUGAGGGUUCUAGUUCUCCUUCUCUCCUGCAUUUAUUCACACGUUCCCAUCAACAUCACAUCUCAUGUCUUCUCUGGUGAUACAUCUUGUAAAGUAUCUUCUGGGAUGUCUAAUCCAACCCUGCCACUCUUUUUUCCCCACCAACCUGUCUUCCUUGAUCCAUGUUUCCAAACUAAAUCAUUCCCGAAGCCGUCCUUUUAUGUCUGUUUGGUAACGAGACUAAAAACAGGACACUUGGGUCGUCUUUCACCUGUGUUUUUAGAAUGAUUCAAUAUUCUGCAGAGAUUUUCUUUUUCUUUCAAUCUGGUUACUGCAGAAAUGCACAACAUUUGCCAUCAUUCUGUUUUGAAUGUCUUUAACAGUUUUAUAAACAGUGUGUUAGCUUUUGAAAACGUGCUGCAAAAAUAUAAUUUAGCAGGUGGUGGAGUAUGAAUGAGAAAAGAGUUUAUGGAUUUUGGAGAAUGUUUUCAUUGAAUGCAUUUUGUGUGAAAGCAGUGAAAAAUAAAUUCACAGUUUGGUUCACAUACACUGUUUCGCUGACUGUGUGAAGAGUUUUGACAACGUGACUUCAGUUUUGACCAACGCAUGUUAGCAAUUGGAAACAACUGUAAAUGAUGUGGACUUUGACAGUGUCUACCAUCGUCUCUCCCUGCGCAACGCCUAAACACCGUCAGAUGACAUCAGACCACUGGAUGUCCACAACAGGAACACUUUGAAUGGUAGAUUGUGGAUUUAUGUGUAAGUAUUCCCGAGUUCAUUUGUGUACUUAGAAGUGUGUGGGUAAUGUGGAGGCAGUAACCUGACAGAACAGCAUUGGUGAAAAGGUAGAUAGGUUUGUCAGUGUAGUCAUAGACAUCCAGGCCGUUUGUGUCCUCCUGUACGUGUCUGGGUGUAGCUCAUGUUGGUUUUUAAAACAUUUUCCCACAAACUUCCUUAAAGAUCAGUGUCGGAAGCAGCAAACAGUAGUCUAUUUUCCCACAAACUUCCUUACAGAUCAGUGUCGGAAGCAGCAAACAGUAGUCUAUUUUCCCACAAACUUCCUUACAGAUCAGUGUCGGAAGCAGCAAAAAGUAGUCUAUUUUCCCACAAACUUCCUUAAAGAUCAGUGUCGGAAGCAGCAAACAGUAGUCAAUUUUCCCACAAACUUCCUUAAAGAUCAGUGUCGGAAGCAGCAAACAGUAGUCUAUUUUCCCACAAACUUCCUUACAGAUCAGUGUCGGAAGCAGCAAACAGUAGUCUAUUUUCCCACAAACUUCCUUAAAGAUCAGUGUCGGAAGCAGCAAACAGUAGUCUAUUUUCCCACAAACUUCCUUACAGAUCAGUGUCGGAAGCAGCAAACAGUAGUCUAUUUUCCCACAAACUUCCUUAAAGAUCAGUGUCGGAAGCAGCAAACAGUAGUCUAUUUUCCCAUUUCUCUUCUUCUUGCAGACAACCAGUUCUACCACUUCAUGCACCAUGUGACACCAUGUGACAGGAGAUCAUGAUGACCUUUGACCUGCUAGACUGGAACGCCAGCGGAGAGAUCGUCUCAGUUCUACAUGCUGGUCUGCAUCCUGCUCUGCAGCGACACCACAUGGAGAAGAACAUCCUCUUCCGUCACUCCAGGCCGGUGUUUGAGUUGCUGGACAUUGAUGGAGGUCGGACCAUCAGCCCCGCCGAGUUCCAGGCCUCUGGCUUCCUGUUCAACCUCAAGGGACACGCCCUCGAUAAGAUCUUCUACGAGCUCAAUGUCUCCAGAGACGAGGUGCGGCCCUACCCCACCUGCCCUGAAUGACAGGCUGCCACCGAUCGCCUGUAUGGACAUGCAGGAGGAGCCCAAGAAGAUGCAGAAGUUGCAGAUGAGGAGAGUCAGCACCCCCAGACAGGAGAGAGGUGUGACCAAUGCAAGGGUCACACACACCACCCGACUGACACAGCUACCACACUGACUGAGAGAUAGGGAGAGAUGGAGAGAGGGAGAAAGAGGAGAAUAUAAUUGGGAGUGAAGUUGUUUAGGAAGUACUGUGCUUCUUGUCGAUACCUGGCAGGGGUGUGUGUGUGUGUGUGUGUGUGUGUGUGUGUGUGUGUGUGUGUGUGUGUGUGUGUGUGUGUGUGUGUGUGUGUGUGUGUGUGUGUGUGUGUGUGUGUGUGUGUGUGUGUGUGUGAGCGUGCAUGCAAGUAAGUGUGUGAAUGUGUGUGUGUCUGACGAAACGCAACAGCUAUACCAACAUGAGCCAUUGAAACUGGUUAGCCACCACUGCCAAAGAAAUUACCAGGUUACAGUACCAUGCUAUGCAGCUGAAUCUACUCCUAAUCCUCAAAAUAUUUCCCUUUCAGUUCCAGGACUCUCGUUGAGUGAUCCUAUGAGGUUUAUUGCUACCACGAGUCUCUUUCAGGUUCCUAUAACUCCUCUGUGCCUCUGACUAUGUUGUGGCCAGGUAUUUCUGGAUGACUCUGGGCAGACAAAAACAAAGUAGCUUCUAAGAAGCUGUAGUCUCACUAACCUUUCACUCUGAUACCACUCUUGUCAGACUCUCUGGUCCUUCACAUACACACCCACUCAGAAUGAAGUGUGCUGCCUGACACAGAGGUAUGACAUCAUCCACACUUUCAUCAGAGAGAGCGAAAAUAACAAAUAUUAUGAUGUAAUGCAAGUAUAUAUCUUUGCCCAUUGGAGGAUCGACAGUUUGAAUAGUGAACGUCUGUCAGGAGCUUUCAAGGGGCAGUCCUGUUAUAUCUCUUAUAGAGUGCAUUCGGAAAGUAUUCAGUCCCCUUAACUUUUUCCACAUUUUGUUACAUUACAGCCUUAUUCUAAAAUGUACAUAUAAAAAAAAUCCCCAGCAAUCUAUACACAAUAACCCAUAAUGACAAAGUGAAAACAAGUUUUAAGAAAUGUUUGCAAAUGUAUGAAAAAUAAAAAUGAGCAAACAUUUAUAAAAACCUGCUUUUGCUUUGUCAUUAUGGUGUAUUCUGUGUAGAUUGAUGAGGGGAAAAAAACAAAUGAAUCAAUUUUAGAAAAAGGCUGUAAUGUAACAAAACAUGGAAAAAGUCCAGGGGUCUGAAUACUUCCCGAAUGCAGUGUCAACUGGCUCCAGAAACGUUACAUAGGUUCAUAGGGUUGGUUCUGAUAUGUGUCUGGCAUCGUCUCCUGUCUAAACUUAUAGGACAUAUUCUGGGCGUUCUGCCAGGUCCUAAGGAGGGGGUCAUGUUGCACCCCCUCAUGUCUUUACCAAGCACAGGCAGGAACCAAGGAUUAUUUAUGACACUAAAACAAGAUUAACAUUUUCAAAGCUGUCUCUUCCCGAGAUAAAAUGUUUCAUCACAGGUUUUCCCCAGAAUCUCACUGUUGUCUGUCUCAGUCUUUCACACCUCCAUCUCUCUCUCCCUCCCUCCCUAUUGAGUUUAAAUGCCAUGGCCAGUUCAUGACCCUUGGGCCCUAUAGAUCGCCCAGAGUUCAUCCUGGUGACCUCCCUACCUACCUGUGUGUACCGUACCACUUAGCCAACAAAGCCUUCCUCCACGUAACCUGCUCAUUAGUUGAACACUGCCUCAUUCUCAGAUUGUAGUCAUGAGGCACUAGGAGGACAAUAGAGGCCCAUUGCACAGCUUUGUCACUGUGUCAUUUGCAUCCCUGUGUGUGUGUCUGUCCUCUGUCUGUCCUUUGCGUGCGGCAGCGUUGCGAGGCUGAGGCUCCUUCCUCUCUGUAUUCAGGCGUUCCAGGUUUGACCACCUGCACAGCUGUGACACACAGUUCAGGUUCAGCUGGAAAGACACACUAUAUAUACAAAAGUAUGUGGACACCCCUUCAAAUUAAUAGAUUUGUCUAUUUCAGCCACACCCAUUGCAGACAGGUGUAUAAAAUAGAGCACACAGCCAUGUAAUCUCCAUAGACAAACAUUGGCAGUAGAAUGGCCUUACUGAAGAGCUCAAUUAGUUUCAAUGUGGCAUCAUCACAUUAGCUCCACCUUCCAACAAGUCACUUCGUCAAAUUUCUGCCCUGCUAGAACUGCUCAGCUCAACUGUAAGUGGUAGGCCACACAAGCUCACAAAAUGGCACCACUGAGUGCUGAAGCGCGUAGCACGUAAAAAUCUUCUGUCCUCAGUUGCAACACUCACUACCGAGCUCCAAACUGCCUCUGGAAGCAACGUCAGCACAAUAAAUGUUCGCCGGAAGCUUCAAGAAGUGGGUUUCCAUGGCCGAGCAGUUGCACACAAGCCUAAGAUCACCAUGCGCAAUGCCAAGCGUCGGCUGGAGUAGUAGACUAAUCUGGGGUUGACAGAUGCCAGGAGAACGCUACCUGCCCCAUUGCAUAGUCUCAGCUGUACAUUUUGGUGGAGGAGGAAUAAUGGUCUGGGGCUAUUUUUUAUCGUUCGGGGUAGGCCCCUUAGUUCCAGUGAAGGGAAAUCUUAACGCUACAGCAUACAAUUACAUUCUUGAUGAUUCUGUGCUUCCAACUUUGUGGCAACAGUUUGGUGAAGGCCCCUUCCUGUUUCAGAAUGACUAUGCCCCUUUGCACAAAGCGAAGUCCAUACAGAAACGGUUUGUCGAGAUCGGUGUAGAAGAACUUGACUGACCGGCACAGAGCCCUAACCUCAACCCCAUCGAGCACCUUUGGGAUAAUUUGGAACGCCAACUGCGAGCCAGGCCUAAUUGCCCAACAUCAGUGCCCGACCUUACUAAUGCUCAUGUGGCUAGAUGGAAGCAGGUCCCCGCAGCAAUGUUCCAACAUCUAUUCGAAAGCCUUCCCAGAAGAGUGGAGGCUGUUACAGCAGCAAUGUUCCAACAUCUAGUCGAAAGCCUUCCCAGAAGAGUGGAGGCUGUUACAGCAGCAAUGUUCCAACAUCUAGUCGAAAGCCUUCCCAGAAGAGUGGAGGCUGUUACAGAAGCAAUGUUCCAACAUCUAUUCGAAAGCCUUCCCAGAAGAGUGGAGGCUGUUACAGAAGCAAGGAGGGGGGAUCAACUUCAUAUUAAUGCCCAUGAUUUUGGAAUGAGAUGUUGGACGAGUAGAUGUUCACAUACUGCUGGUCAUGGAGUGUAUCUAAAGAACACACCUGCUCAUGUUUGAAAUCAGAACCCAACACAAUCUGAAGAUUUAAACGUGUCAUAGGGUCGUUUUUGCAGGCCAGAGAAAACAUCUACCUAGCCUCGCCAGCCACCCUGAUCUCACCAGCUUACAUGAAUGGUUCACUAGUAGCGGUCUGGAUGGCUUGUGAGGCUAGCAUCUACUUAAAUAACGGCGCAGAACCACAUCAACAUAUGAAACGUGGGAUCAAAAUGACUGGUGAUAUUGGGCUGGUUAUCAGUAUCACUCUUCCUCUAUACAUGACAAUUCUGAAUGACCAGACAACUCUAAGAUCAGCAAAAGGGAAGAGCAUGUGGAUUAGAGGAAAGGAGAUGAAGGGCAGGUAAGUGAAUGUCACAAAGCAUAUCUGUGUGAGUAAAAAAAGUGGAAAUGAGAGUAGGAGUGAAAGUCUUGGGGAUAAACAUGUGCAACAGUGAAACUAUUACUCCCGUCCCAGUCAGUCUAAUCCCUGUCUGACAAGAAGUAACUAUUGUGUUAAAAAAAGAAGAAGAGGCCCACAUCUUCUAAUUCCACUUCCCCUUAACGGCUAAUAAAACUACAGACCUGUGAUUGUGUGUAUUUUAUGUCACCGUGGCCCCAGAUCACACAAUCCAAAGAUGGUGGAUGAAUUAAGAUAUCCAAUAAAGGCUGUUUACCAUUAAAUGCAUCACAGUUCCUGUCCACUUUAGGCAGGAGUGGGCAAUUCCAGCCCUCGAGGGCAUGAUUAGUGCCAAAUUUUUGCCCCAGCCCAAUCUAACACACCUGACUCCAAUAAUCACCUAAUCAUGAUGUUCAGUUCAGAACGCAAUGUGAUUAAUCAGCUGUGUUUGCUAGGGAUGGAGAAACAGUGUGACACCAAUCAGGCCUUCGAGGACUGGAGUUGCCCACCACUGACUUAAGGAGUGGUUUUAACACAGGCACCAAUGCGAUAGAAACUGGGUCUGGUCUUCUUAGUUUAUUGACUAUAUAUGUUCCAGACAAAAGGAACCAAUUAAAUGCCUCUCUUUCGCUUCCGUCUCUGACAUAGGUUCCCCAAGACUGCUGCCGGCAGUUGUGAGAUAGAGCACCUGCAACACUUAUAUUUCACCACUAGAUGGGGCAGUAGCUUAGGGAUGUUUGAGCAAAUAUUCUUCACUUUACAGUCCGAGUAUGUGAAGGUAUCAAACAAACUUCAAGCUAUUCGGGUAUGCGACAUUUCAGUGUCCUUAUUUAGACCUGGCUUGAUUUAGGAUUCUUAGUAAACAUGUUCAAAUAAGGCUUGUGUUUUUCCAUUAUCUUGUGAGUUGUGGAUGUGAAGUUAUGUGGAGUUGAAAAGCUUUUAGUGUGUGGUCUUGUGGUCCUUCUGAGAGGCCGAAGCUCAUGAUUGUUGAAUUAGUUCUGUACUCCAGUGGCCAGAUUGUGAAGCGGGCUCUGUAUUCCAGAUGCAGUUGGGGGUAUAUUUACAUUUAA